UCAAACUCUAGCCGGAAGCAGUGAGUCUCAAACAAACCUGCGUAGCAGAGCAGUUUUUGUACUUUUCUGCGUUAAUAUCAACCACAAGAAAAUGGAUCUUGGAAAUGACUCGACUAAUGAUCCAACUAAACUUUACAUUUACGAGAACAGACUGCAAACGUUCGUUGGAUGGCCGUUUGAAGAUGGAUGCGUUUGCACUCCAGAAAACAUGGCCAAAGCUGGUUUUAUUCACACUCCGUCGGACAACAGUCCAGAUGUAGCGCAGUGUUUUUUCUGUCUGAAAGAGCUGGAGGGAUGGGAGCCGGAGGAUGACCCAGAGAAAGAACAUAAAACACAUUCACCAAAUUGUGAUUUUAUCUUACUGAAGAAGACUGUGGACAGUCUCACAGUGGAGGAGUUUCUCAAACUUCAAAAAGAGAGACAGAAGUUUAUUAUUAAAAAAAAGUGUGGCCAAGCCAUUGAUAAAUAUGAAGAUGCGGUAAAGCUCAAGAGAGCACAGAUCAUCCAGUCUGCGAUGGAUGAAGAAUAAAGAGCUGCUUUUUCUUUUUUCCACUUUAAAUCAUCCUUUUGUCUGUGUUCUUUGUGAGUGUUUUUCAAACUAACUUCAAAAGUUGUAUAUGAUCUCUUCUCUAUCACAUAAUCAUCCUUUGAUACUUAGUUCUUUAUGCUAUUUAUUUUAAACAAUGUUUUUAAUAAAAACGACUUUGCCAUA